AUGUCUGCCACGACCUACGUACUGCUUCAAUAUGGCUCCGAUGUAUUCAACGCCAAGUUUUUCGACCUUGAGGGUCGUUCUGCUUUUAUUGUGUGCGUUGUCUCUCACAACCCGAAUCUUGUCGUCAAACUCAUACGCGAAGCCGUCUGGACACAACACCACCCUGGCGCUAUGGGUCCCGACGCUGCUUAUUUUUACUUUGGGCCCUCAGUCCCCGCGAGCGGUAGUAGCAUCUAUGGAGCAGGGACACCAACUCCUUUGCCCGGCUACCUCAUGUACGGGAACAAUCGCAACUCAAUACCCAUGGCGUAUAUGCGGAGGCAGAAGACGGAGGCAAGCCUAUCACGAUAUUUCAUGGCACAGAACGGCAAAGAAUUCAAGUGGCGGAUAUCACAACAACGCAUGGAGCUCACCGACAGACGAACUACCUACGCAACCUGGGAGCUAUCGUCUCCCACAGACGAAUUCGACGCCAGGAUCACGAUUCAGCCAGCAGGCCUGCCAUUCGUUACCGAAAUUAUGACGACGCUGGUGUUAAACCGGAUGGGCGACUCGCUAGGAUGGAGUUCCUAA